GAAACCGAAAAUCGAUCGAUAAACAAAACUCACGUGUAUUUGUCUUUUAAUUUUUCCAGAAGAAAAUGGGACGAUAUUUAUUACUUUUUUCGUAUAUGGGUCAUCGGUACAGAGGACUUCAGAGACAAACGGGAAAUCGUGAUGUAUUAAAUGUUGAUUGUAUUCAAGGUGCAAUUGAAGCGGCUUAUUCUUCAGUGAGACCGAAAAUAAUCAAAGACAGAUUUGUCGCAUCAAGCAGAACAGAUGCAGGAGUUCAUGCACUUUUCAAUUCGGCUCACAUUGAAUUAGAAAAUAAAUUUGGACUCUAUUAUGAUCCGGAAUCGUUAAAGCGUUUUAUAAAUAGACAUUUACUGCGAUGUCGUCACGAAAUACGAAUAUUACAAUGUAUUCCCAUCACGGAUAAAUUUCACGCGAGACAUAAUGCAUUGUCGCGAACAUAUUAUUUUCGAUUUGCAGUUCCAAAAAAUGGCGUCACUGACAGAAUGGCUCCAAUUUCGGAAAUGAACAGAAGUACAACUUAUAGAUUUCACGAAUUUAAUUUGGAGAAAUUUCAAAGUGGAUUGAAACAUUUCAUUGGACUACAUGAUUUUGGAACAUUUUCGGUUGAAGAUAAAGACAAUAAACAUAAAGUCUAUCGACGAUUGUUGUAUGAAGUGACACUGGAAAAGGCAACUCCUCUAUUUCCGUUCGAUCCAUGCGUGGAAAAUUUUGAUUACUGGCACAUUAAAUUUAGAGGAAAAUCGUUUGUUCAUAAUCAGAUUCGACGAAUGGUCGGCGCACUUUUUGCCCUCUCCUGUGGACAAAUUACGGAAAAAGACAUAAUAACAAUGCUUCAAGUGCCAUCGAAGAACAGUUGGUGUCCGCAAGUCUCAACAGCUCCCGGAAAUGGACUCUAUUUAGCGAAUAUUGAAUACGAUCAAAAGGAAUUAGAAAAAAAUACCAUCGUUUACAACGAGAAAGAAUUUUUACGACCCGUAAAAAGAUUCUCUUAGAAAAAAUACAAAAAAAAAAUAUUUUUCUAAAGAAAAAAAGACGAAAAUUAAAUUAAUUCAUUAUUAAUA